AAACUAAAGUAGAUUUUUUAAGUAGAUACAUAUCUCGCACUAAAACCACAACAGGCUAAGAAGAUGGAAGACACUGUUACACCAAACAUAUCAAUAUCACUGUAUCGUUAUAUGUGUCAACAUAUAGUAGGUUCAGAAGAUCAUGUUAAACAAAUCAGAUUGAUGAACGCUGUCAGGGACGAUAUAUCAAAUAGCGAGAGAGGAAUAUUUAUAACAAGUGGAAGCGUUGGGGAAGGACUGAAUAUGAGAGGCAGUGAUUUUGAUCUAAUGCUGGUUUCAAGAACCUUAGAGGUUUAUGAAGAUGUAAAACUCCAGUUUAAUCCUAAAAUAACAUUUUUUUCAAUGGAAACAGACGACGUUAAACCUGGUUAUACUCAGCUAAAAAUAGAAUAUAGCAGACGACAGAGUAUUUUAAAACAAUGCGAAGAACAAAAUGGUAAACUAUAUUUUUCGAGUUUAUUAUAUAAACAACUGUUCUUAUUCAAAGAACAUCGUAAUUUAGGUUCGAUUCAUGGACCCUGUAUAUCUGACCCGGGAGGACAUUAUGACCAUGCUUAUUGUUUACACUGUAAAACGUGGGUAUCUCUUGCAGAACAGUGGAUCACUCGAUCAAAUAAUGCAUGGCCGAGUUAUAAUGUCAAACAAAGUAUCGUAAAACACGGAGUACUUCUUGUACCGAUCGGAGUACAGGCAUCCCCAAAGGAAGAUCUAGAAUGGCGAAUAUCUUUUUCAGUUGGUGAAAAAUUUCUAAUCAAUACCUUUACACACACUCAACUACUGUGCUAUGCUCUCUUAAAAAUUAUUUUAAAAGAUGUAAUAGCUACUUUCUCCGAAUGUAAAGAUUUACUCUGUUCUUACUUCCUGAAAACAAUUGUGUUCUGGAUAUCUGAAGAACUGCCACAAUCCGUAUGGAAACCUGCUUAUAUUAUUCCUUGUUUUAUGCGAUGUUUUAACAGGCUGGUUUAUUGUGUUGAACACUCCGUUUGCCCACAUUACUUCAUUCCAGAGAACAAUAUGUUCGAGAACAAAAUUGUGGGCCGUGCUCGUGAAGUACUUUUAGAAAAUUUAUAUAUGUUGCAAAGUUAUAAUUGGCGAUGCAUCUUAUUUUCAGAUCAAAUAUCUAACUGUGAUUUAUUUAUUUGCAAUUUCCCCAUUGAACCACAUGCCCUAUAUGCAAAAGAAAUAGAAAGAAUACUUUCAUCCAGUUUAUGGUAUAAGGCAGAUAUUACCCUGAUAUAUACGCCAUCGAAAAUAAUCAAUAUGAGGAUGAAGCAGACAUAUUUGUGUCAGCAGUCUUCCGGAUCUUCUAUUAAAGACGUAUGUAAAUUCUACGUGUCAAGGUGGAGUCACCUUCAUGCCCAAUAUGUGCCACUUAUUAGUACAUUUAGUAAUAACAAAUACCAAUACAAACAGUACAAAUUAAGUCUUAGUAUUGUCAUAAAUAAUAUCAAUCAUGACGCUGCAUCUGGAUGGCUGAUGAUUGCUACUCUUUUCUAUAAGACAAAACAGUACAGUAAAGCAUUGUACAUCAUUACUUAUUCUUUAUCGAAAUGUACUCCCGAAAAAAUAUGUCAGUCGACGACGUGUUGGGAUAUCCAUUACAAGUUGCUAAAACUGCAAACACUCCAGAAAAAAAAGUUUGGUUUGUUUGCUGAAAAUAUUGGUUGUGGACGAUAUAAGAUUUCUUAGGAUUAAUUCUACGUUCAUACCAGAUGAACUUCAAAUAACCAAGUUGAAUGACUUUUGGACAUUUUCAUCUACAGCAUAUGCUUAUUUCCUUAAUUUCCUUUGUUAUUAUCAUCUCAAGGAUUUUAGACAAUGCAGAGAUUCCAUCCAAGGUUUAACACUAGUUAUAGAUGAAAGUUAUUUAAUGGCAUCUGCAUAUGCCAAAGCAGGAGCUUAUAAACUCUUAAGGGUUGCUCUACAGUUAGUAGGCUAUUAGGAAUCCUAAAGACAUGCAUUUUUUCAAUCAGUUGCCAUAUUCUCCUCCGGAUUGUGCAAUUCUGCUGUGAAGAGACUUUUGUGAAUAGGUUAAUUUUGACAUAUGUGUAUUCAGUUGACAUAGUGAUAUUUGUGAUCUUUGAAGCAAAGUUUGAACUUGAUGGAGUAACAUGUCACUACAGAAAGACGAACAAUAUCAUUGAUUUAGUUACCCUAUAAAAAAAAAUUGAAAAUCAUUUUGAAUAAACAGAUAAUAUCAUAUCAAUGUUUUAUUAUGUGGUGUUUUUUU